GGGAGCUCGGUGCUGCGCUGUGGUCAUCAAACACGACUUCUGAGCAAUUUUUUCAAGACGACAACUUCUAUCAUUAUUUUAUUUUUUUUACAGUUAAAAACUGCCGGUGUGCUGAAUGUAUCGUUGUGUAUAUCUUCAGAGUUACGUUAACUGAAUGCGCGGUGGAGACCUGUUGCUCGCCUGGCUCGUCGCGCCGCUUAGUAACUAAACUACUAUCCAAGAUGUUGCUUUGUGGAUGGGAUGGCCUCUGGUCCCGCUCGUGUGCGCACUCAUAGCCCCGUUGGAGUACGAACUACCUCCCCCCCUUUUCCAAGUGAUUUUGUAGCUCUCCUCAACCGGGAAGAUGCAUGUGUCUCUGGCAGAAGCCCUGGAGGUUCGAGGAGGUCCGCUCCAGGAGGAGGAGGUCUGGGCGGUGCUCAGCCAGAGUGCGGAGAGCCUCCAAGAUCUCUUUCACAAAGACCCUACAAACAUGGGCUUCAUCAUCUCUCCCUGGUCCCUCCUGCUCAUGCCCUCUGGCAACAUCUCAUUCACGGACGAGUAUGUCACCGAGCAGGAUUUAAGAGCCUUCACAGCGCCAGAGGUCCUGGGAGGGGCCUCCUUAACUUCCAUCUCUGACAUAGAGAAGAUGCACAUGUACUCUCUGGGGAUGACCCUGUUCUGGGGAGCAGACUUUGAGAUCCCCCAAAGUCAGCCCAUGAAGCUGGGGGAACACCUGAACAGCCUGCUCCUCAACAUGUGUGAUGAUGUCACAUUGAGUCGUUUGUCGCUGCGCACGGUGCUGGACAUCUGCAGCAAACACAUACGAAACUCCAGCUUUGACCCCCCCUUCUCUAAUAUCAGAAAACUGGUCCGGUUGGUACUGGGCAGCCUUUCCCAGCUGGACGGCCUGCUGACUGAUAGAGAGUCUCUUCCGGAACGGAGCAAGGAGAUCCGAGAGAGGCUCAGGGGAAAGGGCUUGCCCUCAGGGAGGAGUGCCGCCCCCCGGGUUCUGGAGCGCUACAAAGCCAGGAGCCAGGAGCAGACGUCACUUAAUCGAGGCCUCAGUCGAUCCAUGGGCUCUCUGCCAAUCCAGGAACUGUUGAAGGGGGACGAGGGGGCAGUCCAACAGUAUUCCCCGUCUUACUAUCGGCCCAACUCUGAAUCCCCCACAGAAUUGUACCCCAAACCCCCCUCACUUCAACAGCAGCACUCAUAUCCCUACCUGCACCCCCUUCACCCCCAGCAAAAGGGCCGGCCCGUGGAACUGGACCGGAGAUCUUUACCCUUCCACAGUGUGGACUUGGGUCCGGGUCAGGCAAGGAAGAACUGGGCUUCCUCUGUAGACUUGGCUUGCAUCGACCCGGAGGCUCUUCGUUUUGGGGCCUUGGAAGACGCACGGAGGGGCAGCAGUGCCAUAAGUACCCACUCCAUAGGCAGGCGCAAAUCGCCCAUGUGGGCAUCCAGGGAUUCUCACUUCUCCGAGUUUGCUGGGCUGAAGAGUCGGAAGCCUCAUCACCACUCGGCGCUGUCGGUAGGCUCGGGUCUCACCGGCGCCUAUGACAGGAUAAAGGAGAAACAGAGGAAGCUUCAGGUGCUCAGGCAAGCAGUGGAUGACCCAGUUCACAACCAACAGAGGUACCACAGUGAUUACAGUUCAUCCAGUGAAAGCCCCUCAGUGACCUCCUCUGAUCUGGACUACAGACAAGCUAAGAAACCCAGUGAUGCCAGGAGGUUUAGCUCCCAGCUGGCACUCUCCUCUGAACAUGACGCCUUGUCGCUGAUGGCUCACAACACACACAGGCACAGGCUGUACGACGGGGCAGCUGAUGAAGGCCUGAUUGGAGCAGAGCUGCUUCUCCAGAGGCAGGAGGAGGUGCAGCGGCUCCAGGCCCACCUGGCCAGCAGGCUGUCCAGGGCCAACCUCUACCCCACAGAUGACCCCCUGGUCCCACAUCGCACCUCCAUGCUCGACCUUCGAGACCCCCUCUUCACCUCUUCUGUACCACUUCGCAAACCCAAGAACUUCCACGGUCCUGAGUUUGUGAAGAUGGCCAGUGAGCCCGGCGUUGCCUUAUCGGUUCCCUCCUCAAUAAUGAUGCGUGGCAAGGUGGAGGAGGUGCAGAGGAAGGUGGGCGUGGUGCUGCUGAACGGCCAAAAGCUGGAGCUGAGCUGUGACAUCAAGGCGGUGUGUAAAGACGUUCUCGAUAUGGUGGUGGCCCACAUCGGGCUGGUGGAGCACCAUCUCUUCGGCCUCGCAUACCUCCGAGAUGAUGAGUUCUUCUUCGUUGAGCCCGAUGCCAAACUGUCCAAAGUGGCCCCGGAGGGAUGGAAGGAGGAUCCCAAGAAGAAGAAAUCUGAUGUGCCUUUUAAUCUUUUCUUACGCAUCAAGUUCUUCAUUGAUGACGUCAACCUCAUACAACACGCUAUGACCAAACAUCAGUGCUACUUACAGCUGAGGAAGGAUAUCCUGGAGGAGAGGAUGCGCUGCGACACGGACAACGCCAUGCUGUUGGCGUCACUGGCACUGCAGGCUGAAUUUGGUGACUACCAACCUGAGCUCCACGGGAAGACCUACUUCAGACUGGAGCACUACGUCCCGCUGUCCGUUCUGGAUAAAGUGGACCAGACGACCAUCAAGGAGGAGCUGCCGAAGCUUCACAGCAACCACUACAGAGCGUCCGACUCUGAUGCAGAGUUGGAGUUUCUUAAGGUGAGUCAGAGGCUGACAGAGUAUGGGGUCCAUUUCCAUCGGGUGCUUCCCGAGAAGCGGUCCCAGACGGGCAUCAUGCUGGGCGUGUACUCCAAGGGGGUGCACAUCUUCGAGGUGCUGAACGGAAAUCGUACCCCGGUGCUACGGUUCCCCUGGAGGGAGACGAAAAAGAUUUCCUUCAACAAAAAGAAGAUUUGCCUCCAGAACACAUCGGAUGGGAUUAAGCACCUGUUUCAGACGGACAGCAAUAAGACCUGCCAGUAUCUGCUACAGCUCUGCUCGGAUCAGCACAAGUUCCACCUGCAGAUGAAGGCCCGGCAGAACAACCAGGAGCUUCAAGACCUAGAGAACAGCCCCUUGAGCAGUCUCCAGUAUUCCCUUGACCCUCGGAGUGGAGACACGGUUGGGGGGACGGUGAGCUCGGGCAGCCUGGCCCCCAGCUUAUCGACACGCUCCAACCCAGACCACCUCAACAGGAUCUCCUACUCGGAGGUGGCCCUCCACAAGGCAACGUCUGGCACCGUAUUGGUCCAAGAUGAGCUUCACUUUCCAGGUUUCAAUCCAGUGGGCUCCACGGCCCUUUCCAAUCCGCGGAUAAUGAGCCGCUCUCACCACAACCUGGGCCAGAUGCCCGAGUCUCCAGAGCACCAGCCGGCAGAGUCGUACCGUGGACCAUCGCACAGCCGACUGAGUCAGCCGCCACCCGCCCAAGUGGCCUCUUACUUCCAGCAACACCAGCGAGCCAGCUCAGACACAGACUCCCUCCUGCCCCAACAGGACAAAUCUUUCGUCACAGUGUCCCAAAGCAUAUCAGCCUGGAGUCUCAGCAAGUCCAAAAAAGAAUCGGACUCUUCUUCCACGGAGGAGACGGGCCAAGCAUACGUAGUGGAAGCACUGGAACCCACCGCAGCCGCACGCCGCCACACGCCUGACUCCCAGAGCGCCGAUCCAGUCCAUAGAGUGACCGUCCAGCUCGUGGCCGCCAUGUCCUUUACGCUCGUCGUCAUGGUGAUUCUUCUGGGCCCUUCAGUGGUGAUUGCGUUUGUCUUGCAGCCGUCCGAGGAGGAAGCCGCGGCCUCUGCUAACUCUCCGGUUUCCCAUCACAGGUGCCAGGGCGAGUCCUUGCAGUCCGUCAGGAAGGGCCUCCUCGGGGCCCUCAACCUGCAGGCCGAGCCCCGGCUGCCUGCCGGUGGGCUGGGCGGGCGGAGUGCAAUGGAGGUCGACCUUCAGCGGCAGCGCUCACCGAGCCGAGGACACGCUCCAGCGGCCUCUGGCUCCUCUGUGUCGCCUGACGUUGGAAACAGUACGAGCCUGAAGUGCUGUUCCACGGCCUCGGAGAUCUUCAUGAAAGAUCUGGGAUGGGACAACUGGGUCCUCCACCCUGCCAGCCUCACCGUGGUGCAGUGUGCACUCUGCCACCCCCGAGGGAACGCCGUGCAGUGUCCCCCCCCCCAGGCCGACCCCCGGGAUGCUGACUCACAGGUGCCGUGUUGUGAGACCACCUCUCAGGAAAUGGUGCCGGUCCUCUACGUGGAUGAGUUCAGCACCGUGGUCAUUUCCUCCGUGCCGCUGACUCGCGGCUGCGGUUGUGAUCCCGGCGGCGACCUCCAGCCGCUCAGCACGGUGCACUUGCUGCUGGAGAAGGGUCACCCGCCUACAGACAGCGUCCAAGCGCCCCACACGCCUCAGUGCAGUCGGCCCGCUGCAGCCGGCGACCAAGACCAGAGCAAGAAUAAAGAGCCGCGCUGGAGGUCAAGGAGAGCCCCGAGUACAGCUUCAUCACACGAGGUGAACAACACAGAUGUGAGCAACAUGGCCACACCGAGGUGGUCAAAAUCUGCGCCUCUGCGCUGGUCGUACGGAGGAGAUCAUACAUCUGGACCUGGAGAAGCUGCAGGCGGAGGUCUGGGGUUCUUCUGUGAUUGGAGAGAGGGGAUCUUUGGAAGUCCAUCACCACGGAGGACUAGCAGAGACCUCCAGGGAACUGCUGAAGUGGGAGACCUGCUGAAAGUGAAUGAGGAACUCAUGACGGCGUGUCAAAAAGUCACCACCAUCCGUAAAGCUAAAGGCCCUGCAUCUCAUCGUGUCCAGACCUUUGACCUUUCAGAUGUGGUUAGGAACAUGAGGCUUCAGAGGCAGGGAAUGAUCCAGACAGAGGAGCAAUAUGUGUUCUGCUAUCAAGUGAUCCUGUACGUCCUCAGAUGCCUUCAAGCGGAGGAAAACAUCUCUGGAUAGUAGCCGUCGUAAAGAGACUGAGUCACACAGAUCAAAACAAAAGUGGAGGAGCGUUAACACCGGCAGAAAUUGCCAAAUUACAUUCCAUGUUUUUUUUAAAUGCCUUAAAAUAUCCAGUUCCUUGAGAGUACAUCCUUUUAAAGAAGUCUAUAUUUUUAUGUUUUCUUUUUGAGUGCUCUCUCCCUCUAUCUUUCUCUCUUUCUCGCUCUCAUUGGCUGCUACUACUUUUCAAUGCAUUUAUGAGAACUGCUGAUUGUAUUUUCUUAUUGUCCCCUACAAGAGAACACUAAUAUUUUCUUCUUUUUUUUCACAAAUUCUUGGAUAUUUUAAAAAUAGUAAUGAAAGUGAUAAAUGAUUUCAUAUAUUAUGUGGAACAAAACUGUACUUGUGUAUUUUGAAUCCUACUUUGAUGCUGGAAUAUGCCUUGACAGAAUACUAUGUCAGUAUUUGCUUUGUAAAUCUAUUAUACAGUAAUUGCUUACUGCCUGAGGUAAAUGAUGACAUUAAAAGUGUACAUAUUCAUCUCCUGAAAAUUAAACUGCCUACAUUUUAAGUGGAA